CCCCCGCGCCCCGGAGGUCCUAACGAGCCACACCGCCUUCCGCCGCACGUGGUUUCAGCGCGAUGCCCAAAUCCAAGCGCGACAAGAAAGUGUCCUUAACGAAAACCGCCAAGAAAGGCCUAGAACUGAAACAGAACCUGAUAGAAGAACUUCGGAAAUGUGUGGACGCGUACAAGCACCUCUUCAUCUUCUCUGUGGCCAACAUGAGGAACAGCAAACUGAAGGACAUCCGGAAUGCCUGGAAGCACAGCCGGAUGUUCUUUGGCAAAAACAAGGUGAUGAUGGUGGCCUUGGGUCGAAGCCCAGCUGAUGAGUACAAAGACAACCUGCACCAGGUCAGUAAGAAGCUGAGGGGUGAAGUUGGCCUCCUUUUCACCAAUCGCACGAAGGAAGAGGUCAAUGAGUGGUUCACAAAAUACACGGAAAUGGACUUUGCCCGAGCUGGUAACAGAGCAACUUUCACCGUGAGCCUGGAUCCAGGGCCCCUGGAGCAGUUCCCCCACUCCAUGGAGCCACAGCUGAGGCAGCUGGGGCUGCCCACUGCCCUCAGGAGAGGUGUGGUGACCCUGCUGUCUGACUACGAGGUGUGCAAGGAGGGUGACGUGCUGACCCCAGAGCAGGCCCGCGUCCUGAAGCUUUUUGGAUAUGAGAUGGCCGAAUUCAAGGUGACCAUCAAAUAUAUGUGGGAUGCCCAGUCAGGAAGGUUCCAGCAGAUGGGAGAUGAUGACUUGCCAGAGAGCGCACCCGAGUCUUCAGAAGAGUCAGAGUCAGAGGAUGAGGACGACUGACUGUGGGACUCAGGACCAAAGACCUUCCAGCAUGUUCUGUCUCCUCUGGACCACACAGGGCUGCAGCCGCCCUUCUGCAGGGAGCAGCUAUUUAUUUUGCUGUGGAUGAGGACAAGGAAGGGUGAUGGGGACUAACUGUAUUUCCAUAAAGAAUAAACCUUCAACUGCAGGUGUCCCCCUGUAGACAGCAAGAGACUCAGAAAAAAGGCCUUUAAAUUUUAAAAAAAAAAAAAAGAAAGAAAAAGAAAAAAUGCCUUCAGGUUUGUGCUUCUAUUUGGAUUCCCACCAUUCAUCUAAGCCAGUGCAGCGCUGCAACUUUGGGGACAGCUGAGAACAACCCCCAGAGCCGGGUUUUCCCGCCCUCUCCAGCCUUGUUGCCCUUUACAGUAUUUGCAGCAGGGCUUUGCUGAGGAAAACAGGCACCUCUGUGGCCCUUCACUGCCUCUGCAUGCACACCUACACUCCGUCUCCCUCUCCCAGACCGUGGCUAAGACUGAUGGGUACCGAGAGCCCAGGGCACUUCAGCUAAUAGUAAAGCCUCCGCUGGAGAUGGGAGUGGGUGUUGAAAGUGGCACACAGCAUCCUGUUCUUAAGUCCAGCGGUGGACUUUCACCCAAAUUGUUUUAUUUGCAAGUGUUUAUGAAAAGAAAAUGUUCGUGGUGUGUGAUACUGAAAUACAUAUUUUUUUUAUGCCCACUAAUCCUGGCUUAUAACUCCAUUGUCUAAUUUCUGCCUGUAGCGGACCAUAAAGAAAUUCUCUGAGAGCUGGUAGCAGAACUGAGUGGUAGAGCACUUAACCUAGCAUGCCUGAGGCCCUGGGUUCCUCCCUAGUGUAGCAAAAAGAAAAACACAAAUUCUCACCUACCUUGUUGGUGACUGAGAUCCUUGUUCCAGACGGAUCCUGCCCCGUGCCUGGAGGAAGGAAAGCUUCACAGAGACCAAGCCCUUUCCAGGGCCCCCACUCAGUCUGCAGUCACACUCAUGGAAUGAGGUCUCAAAGUAGAAAGUCAAGCGCAGGGUUCAGAGAGCCCCCAGGAUGUGUGAACACAUGGUUCCCAGAGGGCGGCACGCACGCCCCAUACCUCACCCGUACAGCACCUCAUCUGUGUCCUUUGUCAUCCUUUAUAAUAAAAACAACCUCAGUGCAA